AUGCACCCGUGCUCCAUGCUCCGUAAUCAUACAGGCACCAGGAGUCGGCCGAGCCAUAUGAAUAUUUCAAGCAAGCAUGUUCGAAGCGGUCCUGCGCAAGCAUAUGUGUGUGCAUCUUGUGGGAGGUUGUAUUGCAGGUGUUGCAGGUGUUCGCGUGCUCCCGCAUACGUAAGCUAUGAGGCGCUGAAAGGACGUUGCGAAGGAUAUCCAGAGGGCUGGCUCCGGUGGCCGGGUCCGAACGAGGCGCACUGCUACUGGGGCAACCCGGACCUGAGGCCCGGGGACUUCCUCGGCCCGCCGCGGCCGCCGCCGGAGGCCGCCAGGGCAGCCGCCGAGACCGCCGCUGUGGGCGCGCCCCUGCCGCCGCCCCGGCGCGGCACGUACGUGCUGCCAGAGGCGCCCGUGUCGGAGAGUUGGGAGCUGAAGCAG